UCUGCUGAAGAAGAAGGAGAAGGAGUUUGAGGAGACGAUGGACGCGCUGCAAGCUGACAUCGAUCAGCUGGAGUCAGAGAAGGCAGAGCUAAAGCAGAGGAUCAACAACCAAUCACGAGCCGCCGAAGGUUUCCGUGGACCGCAAGCGUCUGGAAUCGCCUCGAUCGUCACGGGAAACGCUGCUGGGGGUGUGAGCGGCGUCUCCGGUGAGGUUCAGGUGGUGGACUCUCCUCUCCUCAAACAGCAGAUCGACGUGCAGCGACUCGCCAUCAAGCAGCUGAAGAGUGAAAACUACAGACUGAAGGCUGAGAAGAUGCGAGCGCAGCUGUCGUCUCUGCCGCCGCUGCAGCCGGUGAACAUGACGAAGGAGGCUCCCGCCGGAUCUCUGUACCGCAGAACUGACCUGCUGCUGAACAACCUGCUGAAGAUGAGCGUCGGCAUCAGAGUCGUCGACAUCAGCGGGAAAACCUCAGCGAGUGCGAGCUCUCAGCUGCUGGAGCAGACGGCCAAGAUGAAGUCUCUGAGCGACGCGCUGGAUAAACUGAAGGCUGAUGUGUCGCAGCACAUCGUUUCGCAGCGGCCUGGAGCUCGUAUGCCGUCUGACUUCGCCACGUUCCCCUCCGCCUCUUUCGUCAAGGCCAAAGUGGAGCAGCAGAUCGGCUCGGUGCUGGUGGGGAAGGUGAUGAUUCCCUGCGCUCGCAGCGUGGAGCAGACACACCGCCUCGUCCUGUCGCAGCAGCAGCUGCAGCGCGUGCAUCGCCUGCUCAUGACGUAAACAAUCCCGCGCUCUCAGGAAACAUCCGGCGCCAAAGACAGCUGCUCAUCUUCUGAAAGCCAUUCAACGCCUAAACACAUCCAUCACGUUUCUCACAUGGGAUAAUACAGCAGUUGUGACUCGGAUCUCACAAUUCUGACUUUUUUUAGUAUUGCGACGCAAUCUCAGAAUUAAAAAGAUAUAAAGCAGAAUUGCAAGAUAUAAACUCAGAAUUCUGACUUUUAUG